CUCAAGUUUGUGGCAAACCAGAGAAUCAGGAAGCGAAGAAAGAUCAAUUGUAACAGAAACCUUUCAGCUGGUAACGAGAUUCCUAGCUCUUUCGUUGACUUUUGUUGUCUAAUAUAAAAAUUGAUUUGAUGCAGUGAUGGAGGAGGAUGAUGAUCAGUUGUCUGUUCAAAGGAAUCACAGAACAAUUAUCAUAUCAGAGAAACAGAUGAGGAAAUACAACAGAGCUUUGAAAGAACUAUAUGAGCUGGCAAGACUACGAAGAGAUGAAGUGGAGACAGAAGAGAGUAGUAGAGAUGAUAUGGAUGCUAUUGAAAGUGAAACAGAAGGUGUGGAGAGACAAACUGUUGAUACUGCUCCUCAAGGCCUAGAAGAUGUUCGUAAGGAACUGAUGGAGAUCAGCAGAAAGUUACAAGAGGAAAAUGAAAGACUAUAUGAGCGUGAGAUGGAGUUGCAGCAGCGUGAGAUUAAUGUAGAGGAGAUGGAGAGAAUGGUACGAGAGUCUCAUAGUUUGCUAGAGAAAUGUGCAGAACAAGAAGUGACAAAGAGAUGGACGCAGAUGCAAGAGGAACAUCAAUUAAAGUGUGCUGAACUGGAAGAGACAGUAAAACAGAAAGUACGCGAGAACAAACGGUUGAAGAGUUCAUUUGAUGCUGUGAGACAAGCUAAUGAGACAUUGAAGCAGCAGCUUACAGACACACAAGAAAGAAAUCAGAAGUUAGAAGAUCAACUUGUAAGCGUGCAGAGGAGGCUGACAAACCUGCAGAGAAAGAGUGAAUUUGCUCUUCGUCAGCGAGCAGCAUCUUCAUCAAUAGAGCAUCAGUUAGAAGGUCCUAAAGAAGCAGCACAAAAACUAGCAACUGCUGCAACAGCAAAAUCUCACAAGAUUGUUGCAACAGUGGGCAUGUUUGAAAUGAUUGCUUUCUUGUUUGAGUGGAUAACAGCUGUACAUCAGAGAGAGAGGGACAAAAUGAAGAGCACACAGUCUUUUGUAUUUACACAAGACAGAUGCUGCAAGAUUUUACCAAGAUUGUCAUAUCUGUUGCCUCUUUUGCCAAGUGGAAAUAGUAAACUGCAUUAUCCUUGUCUGCAGUUUAUAUUCUGGUCUCUUGUGCAUCUGGAAGGAGGGGAACAGAAAAUAUCUUUAAUGUCAACAUAUAGAAGAAUUGGAGAAGAGCUAUUUCGACCAACAUGUCAGAAAGUGUCAGCAACUGAUACAUCUGUAGUGUUAUCGUCAACAGGCAGUCGUCACUCAGAGAGAAGUGAAGAGUCACGCAGAACCAAUUUCUUCCAAAGUCAAAGCUUGCAUGUUCGAAUGUUGUCAACUCUCAUUAUUCUGAAGACUCUAACACAAGUGGAUCACCUGGCGUAUGUGUUCGACUCUUUGAGAAGUGAACUAAAAGACGACACAGCUAAAGACUUGUUUCUGCAGCAUAAUGGAGUUGCGGUGCUGCUGCCUUACAUUAAGGCAACACAGAAGGGACUUCUUGCUGGUGCUGUGGAUGUGUUUUUGCAACUGUCAAUGGAGUCAUCUCUUCUGCCAAGAUUUCUUGAGAGUUGUAGUAAUGAAGAGUUCUUCCACUCGUGUUCCACAUUACUGCGAGACUCUAAACUUGAUACAAAGUUGCAGGAAAAGCUUUGCAUUAUUUUGCAACGUCUUUCUAAAAUACGCUCUAAUCACAAAUUGUUUGAAAUGUUCCAACUUGGUUCACUGCUUCAUGAUAUGUUGCGGUCUGCCAGCUCUGACGAUGCUUUUCUUACUCUCAAUCUUCGAUCUAUUCUUCUGAAUUUAAAUUUGUUGACCAACUAAUU